UCUCCUUCCGCGCAUCCACGAUUCCUCCGUUCUCGACAAGCACCAUCCGCCUAGUCGCCUACGAUGUCCCAACGAUCCGACUUGCAACCACCGACUUGCGAACGACCACAAGAGACAAGAGUCAUGCGGCGCAUGUAUACACCCCGAUCUCCCGACGGAAUACUGGGUACUGUCAGCACGUCCACUCUGCCCGUAACAUGCCGCGACACACCUCAAUCCACCCUCGUCUCCACCCAGGUUUACUUUGGGAGCGGAGUCGACGUCGCAAUGGGCUCCCAACUGUCCAAUGGACUCGACAGUGUAGCCGACGACGCCGGACUAUCCGUGUCUGUCGACGGGCCCUGUUCAGGCAAGCCCGCGGUCACCACAGUUAGCGGCGGCCUCGCAUAUCCAGCGGUGGUAAUCAGCAUAAACGUCGACCGCACGUCAUGAGCUGUCGUAGCCAGAUCUCCAUGCUCUUGGUUCAGUGGCUGUGGUGGUCUUUUAUGAUCAACUCGAACGUAAUGGUCGAAGAUACGCACCAACAUCGAGGACUGGCAGGCUGUGUUGAGUGGAAGCCCCGACGUCACAGUCACCUGUGCCGACAGCAUAGGCGGCCACGUCGUAUAUUCUAUGUCGGUCUCCAGUACAUACCAAGGCGAACCUCCUCUUCGUACAACUCCCAAACUUGUUCAAGGAUCGCCGCGAAGUCUGUGUCUGCCUCUCUCUCAGGCGUCGGCGCAGCUAUUGGGAUCGUAGCCCUUCGACGUUGGAUGACAGCCUUGCGGUACUUCACGACCGUCGCGUACUUGGUACAUCGUCGCGAUUCAACAAUUGCCACUCCCAGAAGUCAAAGGGUCUCUGGAUGCAUGUCUGAUGCUCUACGAGCAGUGCGUAGAGGACAUCAGUGCGCAGAUGAGAUGAGUGUAGUCGGGGGCAAAGUGCAACGACGAGCGCUUUCUCCCCUCAAAUAGCGCUCGUGCGUCUGUGGCUGUAUAGCUGCUCUAUAUCUCGCGAAGCGCGAUCCCGGCACGCUCCGAACCUUACAAUGCAAGCACGGA